AAAUUGGGCGCUGUGUCCACCAAACUCUCUCUCUCUCUCUCUCUCUCUCUCUAACCUGAUGCGAUUCACUCUUCUCUGUUCUUCUUCUUCUUCAUGAUCUUCAUGGGCAUAGAGGUCACGCUUCAGCGAUCGACACCUCCCUAAUUCCCUCCGACGAUUGGAGUCCGGUAUUCGCCGGAGAUCGUGAGAGCUCUCACUCUGAGUUUUGGGUAUUCCGUUGAAUCGAACGACUCGAUUCUGAGCUCGAUUUUGAGCUCCCUGCCUUCCGAGAUCGAGCUCGAUCCGGCCAAUUGAGCAGAAUUGCGGCCGCCUUUGGCCUCGCCGUUGAGGCCCUUUCCCGGGUUGAAGCACUCCCCUGAGCUUUAAGCUCCGGUUUGGAAGAAACUGGCCUGGGACCUGAGGCUUCGAGCUUUGAGGCAGCGAUGCGAGGCAGAAGUUAGCUAUCAGGAGCUUCGGAUUCUGUGCGGUUCGUUGGUUACUGUCCUGUCGGAGGGAGACAUGAAAGAGGGCCGUUGACUGAGCUUGGGGGCGUCAUAGUUUGGUGCUGGAGGUACGGAAAUGGAGGAGAUGGAGCUCGAGGAAGGGGAGGCGUGCUCUUACCAUGACAACAGGUACGGCGACGGUUACGACAGUUCCAUGGACCCUGACGUGGCUCUCUCCUACAUCGAUGAUAGACUUCAACAUGCCUUGGGACAUUUCCAGAAAGAUUUUGAGGGGGGCGUUUCAGCAGAGAACCUUGGGGCUAAGUUUGGAGGCUAUGGUUCGUUUCUACCUACCUAUCAAAGGUCCCCUGCCCCAUCGAGGUCUCCGCCAAAAGUUCGGCAUGAUGAUGCACCAAAACCUUCAAGGAACUUCCAUUUAGAGGAUGGCCAUCACAAUACUGUGGUUUCCCAACCCGAACCUCAGCAAGCGAGACGUCUAACUGCUUGUACUAGUGCUAGAUCCAUGCCUCCAUUGAAGGAUUCAACUAAGAGAGAAGGGCCUUUGCCAUCUAUCUGCUCUAAAGAAUCUGAUUCUAGACAUGAAUCUGCUAACUUAUCAAACAAGAAAAGGAUGAAGUUACGAUUGAAAGUGGGUUCUGCUAAUGCCUCAACACUAAAGAAGUCAGCAAUAUACAGUGGUCUUGGUCUUGGGGAGUCUCCAUCUUCCUCUUCGGAAGAGAGCCAAUCAGGAAGUGAGGGGAUGCACCAUGAACAUCAAGAUGCUCCGCUUGAAUCUCCAACAAGUAUUCUUCAGAUAAUGACAUCCUUUCCGAUUCACGGGGAUAUGCUUUUAUCGCCCCUUCCUGAUAAUCUGUUAAAAUUUAGCAAAAUGGGAAAUCCCCUGGAAGACCGCAGACCUGUGAUUGUCUCUGGAUUGGGGGUGCAUGGGCCUAAUUAUAUGAAGGAUAUCAGAAAGGUGCCUCGAGGCAAGAAAGGAAAGUCACGGGAGAGAAAUAACUUGUCAACUGCCUCUGAAAGCGGUAAAAGAAAAGGUUCUUGGAACAGCAAUGCUGUCGCUGGGAGCAAGAAAAUAGAAGUUGACACUGCUAGCGAGGAGAUGGUUUCUAGAACGUUGCAGCUUCCACUUUUAUCUAAUGUGGACAAACCCCUGCAUAACAAGACUAUAGAUCCAGUUGAGGCAUUUGAUAAAUCUAGGGAAGGCAAUAAGAGUAUAAUGAGGCAAGGCUUUGAGAGUAUAAUCCGGGAGAAGCACUCCGAUGAUCCAAUGGAGGAAGAAACUUUGAAUCUCAAGCACAUCAACGAUUGCGCAGGGGUUGAAAAGCCAGAAGUUCACUGCCAUGGCAAAUUCUUGGAAGAUAUGGGAGAAAUUCCUGCAAGUAAUUGUUUGGUUCCAGUGAAGAAAGGCAAUCAUUACAAAGGUGAAGAGAACUACGACAUCAGAGCUGUCUCCCAGAAAAAAGAUUACUUGAACAUGUCUUCUGCCAGGGAAAAGGCAUCUUCUGGGGGAAAACAGAAGUCAAAGGCAAGUCAAAGUCAGGCUACCCUCGCUACAGAUGUUUCAGAAGGAUCUUUGAGUGGUUUUUCAUUAAAGAAUAGAAGCAUGGAGAGCAUCCAGGAAGGAGAUUCUUACUGUAAGGCAGAACUCGGCAAGUUGAAAGCAGAUAGACAUUUUCAAAAUGGCAGAGGUGUAUAUAAAGAUUUUUUUGGGGACGUCGACUUUGAAGAAGACCAACACAAAAUGGUUAUGCAGGACUCCGGAACAAUCAAAAGGAGCGUAUCUGAUCCUGAUAGUGAACUAAGGGAGAGACCAAAGAGUAAGAUGAUUGCCAACCUGUCAUCAACAGAAGCUCAUCCUGAUGCUGCAUCUGGAGUUGGCCCUGGCUCAGGUGUCUCCAUGGUUGGUGCAGUUCCGGCUGCUGGUUUUCCUCCUUCAGAAGUAGAUAAGGGUGUCUACUGCAUCAAGUGUCAAAAGUGGCGCCAUUUUCCUCCUGGAACCAACCGGCAGAACCUGCCCGACAAGUGGGUCUGCAGCAUGCUCGAUUGGUUGGCUCCUGGGAUGAACAGAUGUAGUGUUAGUCAGGAGGAAACCACAAAUGCUGUUAAAGCAAUUUGCCAAGCUACUGUCCCGGAUGCUCAAAACCUUGUGAAUGUGAAUCCAGGCGUUUCAAACAUAGUUUCCAGCAGUCCCCAAGCUUUGCCUAACAGUCGACAUGCAAAACGUCCUGCUGAAGUUUCUGAUGUCUUGAAGAAGAAUAUGCAGAUAUCAGCAAAAAAUAGAAGCUUAAAUGACAUAAACCAUUCUUCUCUGAAAGGAGAAGGUGAUCUUCAGCAGCUUAGCAAGUCCAGUCAUGGUAGAGCUGAAAGGGAAGCAAUUAAAGAAGAAUUAUCCAAGCAUUCUUCUGAGGGAGGUGAUGUCUCAAAGUCGAAAGCGAGAGGAGGGCAUGAUCGAGAUCAUUUAAAGCCAUCAAAAAAAGCCAGGAACAUGGGGACGGAUCAUAAUGGUGAAGAUUGGACAAGAGACUAUGGUGUCCCCAUUAACAGGACUAGCAAAAACUCCAGUAGCACAUCGUUGACUGGAAUUGCCAGUGAAAACCAGAAAUGUCACAAUGAAGCAUCUUCAAAUGUUUCAGCAGAUGAUACUGCAGGCAAGUCUGGUUUUAAAGAUGACCAUCCGAGUAGGAAAGCUGCAGCUUCAAUGAGUAAUGAAGUUGUGGAAGCUGGGGUUCUUGAUGAAGGAGGAAUCACUACAAAUACAAGGAAAAUAAAGGAAUCUCAGAGUUAUCCAACUUCUUUGUCAUAUCUUCAAAGCAGAGGGCAUGACCUUGACGAAAAUGAGGCUUUUGUGGAAGAGAGUGAGUCUAAAGAAGGAAAAGUCAGAAUGGUAAAUUCCAAACGAAAAGAAUCCUCUGUGAGUAGACGAGAGAGGAGAAUUGAUGAAGAAAGUGGUCAAAUCAAGAAAGUGCAGUCAAACAAUGACCUGGGAUGCACUCGUGUGGCUCCUAUGAAGAAGGAACCAGGGUUGACGCCUCCUCCUGUUCCAGCUACUUCAUGCUCUUCUAAGGCUUCAGGUUCCUUAAAAAGUAAGGCGAGCUUCCACGAGACGAGAGGCUCUCCGGCUGAAUCAGUAUCUUCUUCGCCUGUGAGAAGCUCAAAACCUGAUAAUUUUACCUUAGCAAGGCAAACCAUCUCAGAAAAGCAUGAUUUUGAAGAUGCUGCUAUGAUCUCUUUAGGUAGCCCAAGAAAGGGCUCUGCAGGCGAAUUAGUUAGCCGGACUAAUCAGUCUAGAAGUGAUGGGAAAGAUGACACUGCUGCACCCGCUCCAAAUGGAUCCUUAGAAUCCUCCACACUGGACCCCGACAGGGAUAAUCUCUCUGGUAACAGUGAUAAACCAAAAGCUGCUCCUUUGCCUGAUAAUAGUAACCGUCUAUCUUCACACACUGGUCAGGAUAAUUUUGGCCACAACAAUCAGUAUCCUACUGGGCAACUAAAGUCAGGUAAAUGCUCUGCUGAAGAAGGACAGAAUGAAAAGAGUUGCGACGGGAGUACUUUAAAUGUCACGGGAUCUGAAAAGGUCUCGGCUUCUCGAUCUAAAGACAAACACAGGAAAUCACAAUCUGAAGGCAUUGGAAAUUCAAAACUCUCUGGCUCAUUUAAAGAUAAAGAAUGUGGGGCAGAUAAUGAAGGAAAACUCAGGGAUAUGAGCAGUAAUCAGGAGAAUACUUAUGUAAAAAGUGCUGAAACUGAACGUAAACAUCUCAGGAAAAAAGAUUCUACUGGAAAACCAGGUUGCAACAGCAACAGAAAGAAUCAAUCAGAUCUAGGAGAUGCAGGGAGCAGUGAGGAUGCAGUAUCUAACCCAAUGAUCUCUUCAAGAAAAGCUGAACAAGUAGAAAUAGCAUCUGGAAGAGAGAAAGUAUCAGCCUUGCCUGAUGUUAGCACUUCUAAGAAAGAGGUACCCAGGGAUUCCUCCAAAACAGUUGCUAAGUCCCUAAGUACUAAUGGGGUAGACAAUCUGCCUACUUCUCUCUCGAGUGGUGAUGAUGCUUUAAAGGUACCACGACAAAUUAAGAAGGCUGAUCAUCAAAAUGGGAAUCAGCAAAAGAGUUCUCGGCAUUUUGCAUCUAAUGGACACAGGGGUCGGGAUGUCAAUGCCCCAAGUCCUGCAAGAAGAGACUCUGGAAGUCAUGUUGCUGUCAAUGCUCUAAAGGAGGCUAAAGACCUAAAACACUUGGCAGAUCGUCUCAAGAAUGGAAGGUCAAACAGUGAAAGCAUCGGGCUCUACUUCCAGGCUUCACUCAAAUUCCUUCAUGGUGCUGCUCUACUGGAAUCUAGCAAUAGUGAGAGUUCAAAACGAGGGGAUAUUAUUCAGUCAAUUCAAAUCUAUGGAAGCACUGCAAAACUCUGCGAGUUUUGCGCUCAUGAAUAUGAAAAAUCCAAGGAUAUGGCCUCUGCUGCUUUGGCGUACAAAUGCAUGGAAGUGGCUUACUUGAAAGUUGUUUAUUCUUCACAUAACAAUGCAAGCAAAGAUCGCCAAGAGUUACUUAAAAUGAUUCCUCCAGGUGUCUCCCCUGCUUCUUCUGCAUCAGAUGUUGACAAUGUUAACAAUACAGCAAAUAUGGAGAAGGCUGGUCAAUCCAAGGAUGCAAGCUCUCCCCAAGUUGCAGGAAAUCAAACCAUUGCUGCCACCAAAAAGCCCAACUUUGCCCACUUGCUUAACUUUGCGCAGGAUGUAAGCAAUGCGAUGGAAGCAUCUAAGAAAUCAAGAAUUGCCUUUUCUGCUGCAACCGCAAGCUCUGCUGAUCCCAUGUUCAAAGAGGCCAUCUCUUCUAUUAAAACUGCUCUUGAUUAUCAUUUCCAAGAUGUGGAGGGUUUGCUGCGAUUGGUACGACUUGCCACAGAAGCUAUAAGCCGAUAAGAGCUUGCAACUGCCCAUGGCUAUGAGUUGGGAACCGCAAAGAAAUUCUAUGACGUUGGCUUUUCACCUGCUGCCCUUGAGCACAAAGCUAUUAGGAUUGGAAGUGAUCCUGAAUCUCUGCUGGAGAGAUUGUGACCUGAAUCGCUAACUCCAGCCCUAAUUUUGUAAAUUUUGGGAAAAAGCUCAUUUCUUGCAAUUCUACAUAUAUGGAAUUCUGGAAUGUUGUUUCAUCAAUCUAUGGACCAAGAACACAUUUUCAGUCUAAAUUGUCGUACAGCAAUGCACAGCUGUGGGUGCUCUCUCGAGAGCGCCAAUUUAGGUAAAAGUGAUUAGAGGCCCAGCAAGGUUUAGGAAGGCGGAUGCUGUGCUAUUGCCUUUCAGCACCAAGAAGGGACCUAAGAAGGUAACACUGCUUUUUCAUUGUCUCUCCUAAGGCUGCUGAAGAACAGGCACAGACCUUAACCCUCCGUUUGGAUCGAGGGAAAUGGAGGGAAGAGAGGGGAGGGGAGCGGAUUUUGUGUGGGACUCAGUUUCUCUCUUAUCCAAACAAGCUAUAAGGGCGUGUUUGGAAGGAGGGAGAUGGAGGGAUUUGUACGGGAUUUUCCAUAUGAAUCCCUCCAUUUCCCCCCUUCUCCCUCCAUUUCGCUUCCUCCUCCCAAACGUAGGUUAAGUAAUAAGAUCGUAUCGCGUUGAAUGAUUGCAGUUGAUCGCUAAACAAAAAGAAAGUGAAGAAUAAGUGCAGUUGAGGAUUGUGGGGUGCAUCUCGCUCCAAUUUGGUUGAAUUCAAUGAAGGAUCAUCUUAAGCGAUUAAGAAGAAAUCGAGAUUAUGCAUAACUACACGACGAGUGGAGUAUCUCUGGAAUGUUGGAUUAAAUGAUAGUGUUGGAACAUUCUCCUGCUUUGCCUGCAAGAAUCACAAGCGCAAGUCGAUUUCAGGGGAGCAGCUCGUUGGAGUAAAGACGCAACGAACUGCCUCGUCUUUUUAUUUGUCAUACUUGCAGUUCUUGCAAUUCUUUCGGCAAGUGAAUAAACAAUGGGACAAGCUUCUUACCCUGAAGAAGAGGAGAAAAACGGGGAAGUCCCGCCUGUAUUUAGCUCAGCUUCUUGUAUAUUCGCGAGAUAUGUAUUCAGCUCGGCUCGAUAGAAAUAUUAUUUGUAAAUUGAAAUAAAUCAUUGUAUCUAUUAAAUUCAUUGAUCGAAUGAAGUUAAUGUUCUAUAGAUUUGAUAUGUAAGUACGAUUAGUUAUUCAUUUAGAUUUUCGCUCU